AUGAACAAAAAUGAACCAGAGUAUAAAUUUUAUCGUCAUGUGUUUUGGGGAGACAUUCUGCUGCCGUCACAUGGAGGCUGCGCCCAAUUUACUGUCCGGUACAGAGUCAGUCAAGACCACGAUUGGCAAUGGGCGAAUCAACAGCAGAAUACCAAGGACGGAGAACUAGUAUUUACUGCAAAAGAACCUGAGCAAGAAAAUAUCAAAUUGGCACAGCUUUCUCUAGCAUCAGCAAAGGAGGGGUUCAGCAAGUAUUUCGAUGGCCUCUCGCCUGACCUCAAAGUCGAGUCCCGCAAAAGUGAAGCCCCUGGCUCAGCCUUGUGGCAUAUCUCUGGAAAGGCUGGUCCCGCCCAGGAUGGUCAGUCUGGACUCACUAAUGUCAUACUUGGAGUACCUUCUCGGACAAUCUUUUACUUUGCUUUAGUCAGGGUAUGGACUCCGUGGCUUGGACCUAGACACGGACGAGGAAAGUUUAGAAUCACAGAAGACGCUAUUCUAUGCUCGUUCCUUCGAGAGAACGGGGAGCAUGUAGUGCUUCUGGCUGUUUCGGGCAUACAUAAUGUUUUGACCGUCCUUGGGUCCGGUGAUAAUGGUGAAGUAGUGAUCAAGUCGCAGAAUGAUAACGCUACUGCAUCAGGUCUUCAAGUAUUGGUAUCUACAGCAACCAACUUUGAGGUAGCAACAAGUGCAGUGAUUUAUGAGGCACGGAAACUGGUUCGGCCUUAUGACGCAGAGACUACUGAUCGCAUUCCAACCCCCGUCUCUCCUCCUGGGGACGAUGUCGUACUGGUCGAAAAGGAUGCCGAGGCACAAUGGUUAUCUGAGUGGUAUGAUGGCCUGACCUACUGCACAUGGAAUGGCUUAGGGCAGGAUUUAACGGAAGCGAAGAUUUUGAAUGCUCUUGAUACACUGAAAUUCCAUGGAAUCAACAUCUCUAACCUUAUAAUUGAUGAUAAUUGGCAAGACUUAGACAAUGAAGGUGAUUCCCAAUUCAAGCGGAGAUGGAAACAGUUCGAGGCCAAUCCAGAUGCGUUUCCACGAGGGCUGAAGAAGGCUGUAGAGGCCAUCCGCCGAAAACAUCCAAACAUCCAACAUAUCGGCGUGUGGCAUGCCUUGCUCGGAUAUUGGGGUGGUAUCUCACCCGACGGUGACAUAUCUAAUAGAUUCAAAACAAAAGAAGUGAAGAUCAAAGAUCCAGCGGCGGGAGGUCCAAUUGCCAAGGCAUUUGAAAAGCAGUCGUUACUUGCCAUCCACCCAGAUGAUGUUCAACGAUUCUAUGAUGAGUUCUACAGUUAUCUUGCCUCUACUGGUGUCGAUGCUGUGAAAACCGAUGCGCAGUUCUUUCUUGACUUGUUGAAAGACCCAGGGGAUCGGCGGAGUUUCACACGGGCCUACCAGGAUGCUUGGUCCAUAUCCUCUCUGAGAUACUUCGGGACAAAGGCUAUCUCGUGCAUGUCGAUGUUUCCUCAGGCUAUUUUCAAUUCACAGCUACCCACUAACAAGCCGACUAUUCCACUACGGAAUUCCGAUGACUUCUUCCCAGAGGUGCCAGCGUCUCAUACAUGGCAUGUCUUCUGCAAUGCCCAUAACGCACUUCUUACCCGCUACUUGAAUGUCUUACCUGACUGGGAUAUGUUUCAAACAAGUCAUCCAUACGCCUCUUUCCACGCAGCUGCACGAUGCGUUUCCGGCGGCCCAAUUUAUAUUACCGACGAACCGGGAAACCAUAACAUUUCCCUCAUUAACGAGAUAACAGCCCCGACCACUCAGGGUACUACAGUUAUCCUUCGGCCUAGUCUAGUAGGCCGCACCAUGGAUAUGUACCAUGAUUACAGCGCUGGCCAGGUACUGCGGGUGGGUACCUAUACUGGCUGGGCCCGAACUGGAAGUGGGAUUCUGGGCCUCUUCAACGUUUCUGAUCAUCGUAGAACUACUUUGGUGUCUCUGCAAGAAUUCCCGGGUAUCCAUGAUGACUCUGAUACGAAAUACAUCGUCCGAUCUCACACAACUGGCACCAUAACCGAUCUCAUGAGGCCAUUCGACAGAAAGGCACUCGUCGGAGCUGUGUUGGAAGAUAAAGGCUGGGAGAUCUUGACCGCAUACCCCACUCAGGCCUUUACUUUGAAAUGCAAAAAGCUUAGUGACGCGAGCGAACGGAGUCCUACGCACGCUUCUGUAUUGGGACUGCUCGGAAAGAUGACCGGUGCAGCUGCCAUAGUGAGCUCAGAUAUCUACGUGGAGGCGAACGGGCGUCUCCGUUUCGAUAUUAGCCUGAAGGCACUUGGUACACUUGGUGUUUAUAUAUCUGACCUGCCUGACUGGAGCAUUGAGGAUGACCUUAUGGUCACAAUCCUUGGUUAUCCUGUACCACGGAAGACUGUUUGGAAGGAAGGGGAUGGUGAAAAGACUAAAAUACUGGCUGUGGACAUUCUGACGGCAUGGAGGGAGAUGAAGUUGAAGCCGGGAUGGAGCAAUGAGGUUAUUGUGCAGGUUUUCUUGGGUUGA